AUGGCCCAUCGUCUCCGCGUACCAUACAAGCUGCACCGGCACCAGCAAUAUACAUGGGGAAUGGAUUUCCUCACCGGGAUGCCGUCCGAGCUGGGGCCAGAUACUAAGCACCCCACCACGACCGCUUACCGGCCCAUGACAGAGUCACAAUGGCUCGUCCGCUUCGUCUUCCUAGAAACGGUAGCCGGCAUCCCCGGCGCGGUCGCCGGCGGCCUGCGUCACCUGCACUCCAUCCGCCGCUUCAAGCUCGACCAGGGCUGGAUCAAGACGCUGCUGGAGGAGUCGUACAACGAGCGCAUGCACCUGAUGACCUUCUUGGCCAUGUACCGGCCGGGGAGGCUGAUGCGGUUCAUGGUGUUUGCGGCGCAGGGCAUCUUCUACAACACCAUGUUCAUUGGGUACCUAAUCUCGCUAGGCUUCUGCCACAGGCUAGUGGGGUACCUCGAGGAUGAAGCGGUGGCGACGUACACGAAGUGUCUUGCUGAGAUGGACAAGGGGUGGUUGCCGCAGUGGACGGAUCCGGGGUUCAAGAUCCCGGAUAUUGCGGUGCAGUACUGGAAGAUGCCUGAGGGUAGGCGGACGAUGAGGGACCUGAUCCUGUACAUUCGGGCCGACGAAGCGUCCCAUCGGGGUGUGAACCACACUCUGGGCAAUCUUGACCAAGCCUCGGAUCCAAACCCCUUCAUGGAGAGCGAUUCCGGGGUAAACCACAUGCAUUUGGCGGCGUCUAAGCCCGCAGGGUUAGAGCGGGAGGAAGUCCUUGAGAAAUAUGGACGUUCAGGAGGACUUGGACAUUAG